AUGAAGCGGAAGAUGACGCGCAUCGGGACCCACAACGGCAAGUUCCACUGCGAUGAGGCGCUGGGGGUGUUUUUGCUGAAGCUGCUGCCGGAGUACGCCGCGGCCGACGUCGUGCGCACGCGUGACCCCGCGGUGCUCAAGGACCUCGACGUCGUCAUCGACGUGGGCGGCGAGUACGACGCAGCGCGCGGCAGGUUCGACCACCACCAGAAGGAGUUCCAGGACGUGUUUGGCCACGGCUUCAACACGCGGCUGUCCUCCGCGGGCCUCGUGUACAAGCACUUCGGUCGAAAGAUCAUCGCGCAGCAGCUCGGCAAAUCUGAGUCCGAUCCGAGCGUCGACGAGUUGUACCUUGUCAUGUACAAGAACUUCAUCGAGGCGGUCGACGCCAACGACAACGGCGUCGCCCUGUACGAGGUCGACGCCAAGCCGCGCUACGUGUCGAACACGGACCUGCCGAGCCGCGUCUCGAAGAUGGCGGCGCGCUGGAACGAGCCGUGCUCGGCCGAGGAGGAGGACGAACGGUUCUCCAAGGCGAGCCAGAUGGCGGGGGGGGAGUUUCUGGCUGAUCUGGAGUACUGGAGCAAGGGCUGGCUGCCGGCGCGCGGGCUCGUGAGCGCGGCGCUCAAGGCGAGGAAGGACGUGCACCCGUCUGGCAAGAUCCUGCGGUUCGACCAGGUGUGUCCGUGGAAGGAGCACCUGUUCGAUCUCGAGCGCGAGGAGGGUUGUGUGGGGGAGGCCAUCUACGUGUUGUACAAAGAUCAGCGCGAGGGCAAGUGGCGCGUCCAGGCCGUGCCGCUGAGCCCGUCUUCGUUCGACGGACGCAAGAUGCUUCCUGAGCCGUGGAGGGGACUCCGUGACGACAAGCUGGACGAGGUGAGCGGCAUCAAGGGCUGCGUGUUUGUGCACGCGGCGGGAUUCAUCGGGGGCCACGCGACGUACGAGGGGGCGCUGGAGAUGGCGGUCAGAGCGCUCGAAAUGUAA